AUGAUUUCAAAUUAGUUAAAUUUGUUAAGUUUACCCAUUAAUACUUUAUAUAACAUACUCUAAUUUAUACCUAUUAGAGAUAUAUAUAAACGUAUUGCUCGAUUGAAUAAGAAGGCUAACAAUAUUGUAAAUUAAUAAGGAUUUUAAUAAUCUCUCUAAAGAUUAUAUUUUGGAAGUUCAAUUAAAAAUAUUCAUCUCUCCUAAGCAAAAUAAGUGGAAUUACCCUUUUUUGGAUAUGAAACAGAUGGACGUAAUAAUUUAUUUUUUAAUUAUAGAUUGUCCAAAUCCAGAAUAAUGGAUUGAUUUACUCUUCAUGAAAACAUCCAAUAGUUAAAUUAAACUUUAAAAUUGUAAUUAUAUUAAAGGAUCUCUUUCAAAAAAAAAUAAAGAAUUUAAAAAAAAAGUAUUGGAAUUUCUAGGUCUUGUUAAAAAGUAUUUACCACCAAAUACAUAUGAAAAAUAGAAAUUUUAUGAAGUUCAAAUUGCAAAAAUAUAUGAAAUUAGUCAUCAAUUAAGUUAAAAAGUCUUAAAUAUAAUUUCUUAAGAGGAAAAAAAAUAUGCAACUGAUAUUAUGAGUUUUUUUUGGAAUAGGUUACGUUAAAAUUAAUAAUUGAUAUAACGUCAUGAACUUCAAGUACCAUUAUAAGCUGAUUACUAAGGAAUCAUUAAGGUUAUCAGAAUUGGUAUUGAAAAUGGAUAUACUAAAAUGGCUAAAGUUAUUCUUAUAAGUACUAAUGAUAUAAAAGAUAUUUCUAACAAAGUUGUAUUAAGAACAAAUAUGCCUGAAUAUAAGUUAGUAGCAAAAUAAUAUUUAACAAAAGAACAAUUCAAAUUUGGUUAUUGCAUAUUUUAAUAAAAUCAAGGAGUUAUUGCAUUAAUUGAUCUUAAAGAUGAAACAUAAAUUGAAUUGAAAUUCUAUAAUCAUGAAACUUAAAUUGUCUCAACAAUAUAAGUUUUUAUUUUAGAAUAUAAACAAUCUAAUGAAGGAUAACUUGGAUAAGCAUUUAAAUAUAUUGUUGCCUCAGGAUAUUUAUUAGUAUAAUGA